CGUGUGGGAGGCUUUGAGCUGCUCGUUACGUAGAGGCUGCCGCCUACACUGACCUGGAUAUCUGUGGCCGAGGAAGGCUCUGCCGACCUCGUUUCAUAUCAGUGCUUUAGGACUGCGGCACAGCGCGCGGACCUGUUUUCAGCUGCAGGGCCCUCGUGCUGAAGGCUUUGAACAGCAGCGGUGUGUCCGCGAGGACGGACCGUUAGCAGCCUAAUGGACAGGAUCGAUAACAAGGCCGGGCUGAGGACGGUUAUCGUGUCGUGUCUGUGUGACUCUGAUCACGCCGCGUGUCCGACUCGCUGCUGCGUGGAACAGGGUCUCUGUAUCGUGCACCUCCGUUUACUCCGACAUCAGUAUUUACUUCUCUGAAGCAAGGAAGUGGAGCUGGCGGAACUCGGAGAACGUGAGACCGGAAGUUGUGUGACUUGACCGCCAUAAUAAAAGCCCUAAGUAGUUUUGUUUACGCUUAUAAAUGGCUUCUGGGGUUAAACAGAGGAGUACAACUGGAACAAAACUACAGCCGACUUGUCAUUUGUAAAAUAACGUUUCGUCCUUUGCCAGUGCCGUGUAUCCCGAAUGAUCUAUCCACGUUGGUCGGCUUUAUUUUGGAGUGUGCGAGCGGAAGUCGCCCUUGGCUCUGCCUGCGCUGACACUGGUAGGAAGUGGGAUGUGGCCAGGAUGUAUUUAUGCUGCUGUCCGAGAUGUGAGCGUCAGUAAACCAGCUCUGCCUUUAGGGCCCGUGUUCCCCGGCGCUCACAGCGGGGGUACGCUCACUGACGCUGCCCGUCAGCGUGGUUCGUGUCAGGGGUCGAAGCAGCCGCUGUGCUGUCCCCGCCUGGACGGCACCGUGCCCGGGAACACUUUGUUGAAUUUGCGCGUGGCUGUAGCCUGAGCUUUACGUAAUGACAGCAUGUGAAUGACAUGUUUGGCUUGUGACUUUCCAGCACUGCACAUCCACGGUUUUAAACACAUGUCAAGAACUCAGCCUCAGAUGAUGAUGGAGUCCUCUGUCGCGCUCGGCAGGCUGGAGCUGGCCCACAGCUCCUCCGCGGGUGGGGUGACCUCUCGGCUCCCCGGAGGCGCACCCCCUAAAGAAAAGCCCGGCCAGCCACCCUCAGGGCUCCAGAGCCAGGCUCACCUGAACGGCUGCGUCCCGCUGUCACACCAGGUGGCGGGUCACAAGUAUGGAGUGGACAAAGUGGGUAAGUCAGCUGCGGACACGACUCGGAUCACCCUGCACUUACAGUUCCUGUCACACCGCUGUGCUCGCCUUCGUGUGACUUCAUGUUAUGUUAUCACGGUACUUCUUCACAGAGAUAAACCAUCGUAUGUCUUUCUGUCCCAGGUUUAUGCAGAGGACUGCUGCGAUCCCUGUCUUCUCGAGCUCCAGACGUAUCUGCCCAGAUACUACGGCACCUGGUCCUCUCCUGACAGGCCCAACGACCUGUACCUGAAGCUGGAGGAUGUGACUCGUCACUUCAUCAAACCCUGCAUCAUGGAUGUGAAGCUGGGCCAGCGGAGCUAUGAUCCGUACGCCUCACAGGAGAAACGGGAACAGCAGAUCAGGAAAUACCCACUGAUGGAGGAGAUCGGCUUCCUGGUGCUUGGCUUGAGGGUGUACAAGGUGUGCACGGACACGUUCGACUCCUAUGAUCAGCAUUAUGGAAGAGGAUUGGUUACGGACACUCUCAAAGAUGGCUUGUCUAAAUUCUUCCAUAAUGGAGUCAGCCUGAGGAAGGACGCCGUGGCGGCGAGCAUUCGCAGAGUGCAGCGGAUCCUUCGCUGGUUCGAGUCCCAGCACCAGCUGACUUUCUAUGCCAGCUCCCUUCUGUUUGUCUACGAAGGCCUGCCCUCCUCUUCAUCCUCCCUGUCGUCCCUCCUCAGCAGUCCAUCCGUCAGCCCCACUGUGAUGGUGAAAACGCCCACGUCUUUGUCAUCAGGUGAAGGCGCCACAGAGCGGAAAGCCAGACAGGGAAAGCUGGGGCAAGGAGAGGAAGUGGCCGAGUACAACAACAACAACAUCCAGGUGGCAGAGCACUGGGACUACAGCCUGGACGCUGUUUAUUCCAAUCGCAGGAAAGGCGAGGACGGUCACAGGGGAGACGGUGGCGCUGUGAGCGCCGUGUCUGGAGACGGCGUCUCAGCAGCGGGUGAGGAGGACAACUCUGCAUGGAAACAGUCACGUGAGCUGCAACGACCACCUAAUGGGAACGGAAACAAAUCCCAACUGCAAGAGAAGGACGUGGACAGAGAGGACGGGGAGGAGGCGAAGGACCGAGGAGGCGACGAGACGGAGAGCGGCGCAGGAGACGUAGAGGUGGAGGUCAGGAUGAUCGACUUUGCUCACGUUUUCCCGAGUGAGAGCCAGGAUCACGGCUACGUCUACGGCCUGAAGCGCCUGCUGACGGUGCUGGAGCAGAUCCUGUGUGAUGCAGCGUAG